UUCUUACUGCGACUGUUUUAAGUAUUUUAUCAAAACCAAUAUCUCAGGAUGUUGUCGCUGCUGAACCGAUAAAUGAAAAUUAUAUAAGAUCCUUCAACGAAAUUGUGAAAGUCAAAAAACGUCAAACGAACGGACAGAAUAACGGAGACGCUUCAAAAAAUAACGGGCAGCAUAACGGACAAAAUAGUACUGGCGUAAAUAACGGCAAUAACAACGGUAACAGUCCUUUUGGUUUUGGAAAUGGCAACAACAACGGAAAUAAUAGCACCGGAUCAAAUAACGGAAACAACAACGGAAACGGCAACAUCGGAUCAAAUAAUGGAAACAAUAAUGGAAACAACAACAUUGGGUCAG